AUGAAGCUGUUUGACGUGACAAAUGAAUUAGUUAAGUCUUUUAGACGCAUUCAAUCUGAAUUGAAUGAUCCAGCAUCAAUCAAUUUAAGACUGCGUAUUGUUGGUGCACGGGACACAACAUCUCGACAAUAUGAACUUCCAACUGGUUCAGAAUUGGAGGGCCUGAAGAGGAUCACAAGUGUACACCCGAAGUUUGAUGCUUUGCAUUUUCCAGUCCUUUUCCCAUACGGAGAAGAUGGAUUCCAUGUAACCAUACCGUAUGAUCCUGUUCAUACUCCCAAAACAUUGAAAAGGAAACAUGUGACUCAGAGAGAGUACUAUGCUUACCGGCUUCAGCACAGAGACGACGAAGGUCAGACAUUGAUGCGAGGUGGGAAGGCACUUCAACAUUACGUGGUUGAUGCAUAUUCCACAAUUGAACAAAACCGACUCUAUUAUUUGCGAUCGCAUCAAGAAAACCUCCGUUCUGAACUAUACUAUGGAGAUGCUGUUGGCCAUGUUGUUCUGCCAUCAUCGCAUACUGGAAGUCCUAGGUAUAUGAAGCAACUAUACUUAGAUGCAAUGGCUGUUGUCCACCAUCAUGGCAGCCCCGACCUAUUCAUAACCUUUACGUUUCAGAAACGGGGUUUGCCCCAUGUUCAUAUACUUUUAUGGUUGGAUGCAAAGAAUAAGCUACGACAAGCUUCUGAUAUUGAUGCAACUGUUAGUGCUGAACUGCCAGAUCCAUUACUAGAUCCAAUUGGGUAUGAUGCUGUGACAAAGUUUAUGCUGCAUGGUCCGUGUGGUCAAGAUAAUCCGACCAAUGUUUGCAUGAAAGAAGGAUCGUGUUCAAAGUAUUUUCCAAAACCGUUUAAUUCAGAAACUACAACGGACCAGUUUGGCUAUACAGUCUAUCGCCGUCGCGAUACAGGUAUAACAGCAGUGAAAGGUACAGCUAUACUAGACAACCGGUUUAUCGUUCCAUAUAAUCGGAAUUUACUUGUGCUGUUUCAAGCUCAUAUCAAUGUCGAGGUCUGUCAUCAAGGCCGCUUGAUUAAAUAUUUGUUUAAGUACAUUACAAAAGGGCCUGAUAGGAAACAACGGCUGUCUCGAAUACUUGCCCGCGAUUCUGUUUCAGAGACAACAUUGACACAAUGGUUUUACCUUAACCAACGAGAUCCAACUGCAAGGGAUCUACUUUAUGCCGAGACUCCGAAUCGUUAUAUAUGGAAUGUGAAAACAAAAAAAUGGGCUCCGCGGAAAAGAGGGUUCUCAAUUGGAAGAAUUGUCUAUAUCCAUCCAGGUUGUGGUGAUACAUUUUAUCUCAGACAACUUCUUACCAAAGUUCGUGGGUCAGUUAGUUAUGCAGAUCUUCGGACAGUCCAUGGAUUCCCAUGUAGAACAUAUCAAGAUGCGUGCCAGCGCCUUGGUCUUUUGUCUAACGAUGAUGAAUGGUUACUUGUGAUUAAAGAAGUCAGCCAAUGGGGCAUGUGCCGCUUGUUACGAUACCUCUUUGUGUCCAUGCUGAUGUUCUGUGAACUAUCAAACCCACUGCAGCUUUUCAAUCAGACAUGGGAAUUGCUUUGCGAAGACAUCACAUAUAGGUGCCAACGAGACGUUUGCUUCAACAACAACCUCAUACCAACUGAAUUGCCCAAAAAUAAAUUGUUGUGGGAAUUGCAGCACAUGUUACAUGCUUAUUCAGCCACGUUAUCUCAUUUUAACCUUCCCUUGCCAACAGAUGAUCACCCACAAACUGAUCCCUUGCUUCAGUUUGGAACUGAUUCACAUCCUGGUACUUUAGCUGCUGUGGAUUCCCCACCUCCUGUAGUUGGUGAUCUUAACAGAAAGCAACUUGAAGCUUUUCAUUGUGUAAUGGAAUCUGUUAUGUCUCCAACAGAAGACUCGCCUACAUUCUACUUUCUGUAUGGUCAUGGAGGAACAGGCAAGACUUUUCUCUACAAAACUAUUCUUGCGCAACUUAAAGAAGCUGGAAAAAUAGUUUUGGUAGUUGCUUCUUCAGGAAUUGCAGCAACAUUACUUCCUGAUGCAAGUACAGCUCACUCUCGGUUUAAAAUACCACUGGAAAUCGAUCAUGGUUCUUCAUGUAAUAUCAAGAAAGGUACGCCAUUGGCUCAAUUGAUCAUUAAUGCAUCGCUUAUAAUAUGGGAUGAAGCCCCAAUGGUUCACAGAUUGUCUUUUGAGGCAGUAAACAGAGCUUUUUGUGAUAUUAUGGAUGUUCCGUUUGGUGGUGCACACUAUAAACCGUUUGGUGGCAAAGUUGUUCUUCUUGGAGGCGAUUUUCGUCAAACGCUUCCAAUAGUAGCUGAUGCUGGCAGAGAAGAGAGUAUUGAUUCAUCUCUGACCUGUUCCUUUUUGUGGCAACAUUGCACUGUGUUGCACUUAACUGAAAAUAUGCGCGUGGUUGCUUCCCGGGAGAGUCAAAGGUCAACUUUUGGUGGCAUGCCCUUUACCGAAUGGACUCUUGCUGUGGGAAAUGGGAAUGUGCCAGGAAAAUCAUUUCCUUCUAACCAAUCUACUGAUUGGAUAGAGAUUCCGGAAUCAUUACUGCUUCCUUCUUCAGGAAAUCCCAUCCAUACGAUUACGUCUACAGUCUAUCCUGACUUUGCUCAACGGUUCCAUAAUGUAUCGUACCUCACUGAAAGAUCCAUUAUCACACCGACCAAUGCAAAUGUCACAGAGAUCAAUUCUCAUAUGUUAGCUCUGAUUCCGGGAAUGCCACGCACAUAUUUUAGUGGUGACAGUCUUCAUACAGAUGCAAGCGAUCCAGACCGACUCGAAGCUGAAUAUCCCACUGAAUUCCUUAAUUCCUUGUCCUUCAAUGGCUGCCCUGAACAUCAGAUUGAUCUCAAGGUAUUUGCUCCAAUUAUGCUGUUGAGGAAUCUAAACCCAUCCAUUGGUCUUUGUAAUGGUACACGCUUAAUGGUGCUCUAUUUGGGCCAUUAUGUGAUAAAAGGAAUGAUAAUGGGGGGUACAUUCAAUGGUAAGACUGUGGCAAUUCCAAGAAUUGUCCUUAGUGUCAAUGAUUAUCGUUGGCCAUUUGUUCUUAAGCGCCGGCAGUUUCCAGUACGAUUGUGCUACGCCAUGACAAUCAACAAAAGCCAGGGCCAGACAUUGCAAAAUGUUGGUGUGUAUCUGCCGAAGCCAGUGUUCAGCCAUGGCCAACUUUAUGUCGCUGUUUCUAGAGUUAGAACACCAGAUGGACUUAGGUUCCUUAUUAUGAAUGAAGAUGGCGUGCCUUCCAACUGUACCCGAAAUAUUGUUUACCAGGAAGCAUUCGUUGACCUUCAGACCCCAUCUUCCUAA